CCCCCUCCACCUCGGACCGCGUGCGUGAUCGCGACCAUGCGGGGCCCACCUUCCUCGGUCUUGGCCCUGGUGGAACGCCGCUCGGAUGGGUCCCACUCCCUGGUGCACGGGAGCGAGCGGUGCGGGGAGACGUCGGCCGUGGUUACCGCUUGGAGGGCCCUGGACGAGCAGCUCGGGGUCGCCCUCGCCCCGUCCACGAACUGCAACACCGACAGAGCAUACUACUACCACUACCAUUCGGUACAAGGGAACCUGCGGCAGUGGAGGGACACGCCGGGCAGGGAGUACGUCCUGGUGUCGGUAGACGACCUCCGGAGGCUGCGCUUCCCCGUCGCCAGCGACCAGCGCAUGAUCCGGAUGGCCCUGGAGCAGGCGGAGGAAGUGGAGCGAGCCCGGGCGCGUGCCCAGCCGGAGCCCCCGCCGGAGGGGGCGGCGGGCGCCGCACCCGCAUCCGGGACGGCGGGGGGAGCGGCAGGCGCCGACCCAUUCGUCGCCCGGCCCAGCCUCCGGAUCACGCUCCAGAGGAUAGCGGGCCCCCAGCACGCCGAGGAGCGUCACCGGCUCCUCCGGGAGCGCCUCAUCACCCUCUUGGGCGUCCUCGACACGCCCGGUGACCGGGACGCCCGGGGCUGCACGCACGAAGACCUCGUGGCCUCCCUGGAGGAGUCGUACUCCGAGGUUCACCUGGCGUUCCUGACGGAGUCGCGGCGCGCCCUCGCGUUCGCCUCCGGGGUCGGGCCCCUGGAGCUCACCCACAGGCCCGAGGCCGCGAAGAAGCUACUCGAGGAGGGAGAUCAUGAGGGGGCCCUCCGUGCGGCCCUGGGACCCGAGGUGGUCCCGGUGCAGCGACGGGCGGAGGGGGACCCCGACCCCGCGCGGGAGGCGGAAGAGCCUCCCCCGGAGGAGCCACCCCCAGCACCCGCAGGCCUCGGGAGCGCGCCGGUUGUCCCCGGCCCCGCCGGACCGGCGCAGGGAGAAGCCCAGGACGAGUCGGGGGAGUCGGGCGGGAGCGCAGGAGGAGCGGAUGAGGAGGACCCCGACGAGGACCCUUACGACUGGGUGGCCAGCUGGAUCCCGGAAGGGAUGGCGGCGGACUGGGUGUGCACCCCCAUGCUGCCGACGGGCGGCUACACUAUCAGGGCGCCCAUCCCCACAAGCUGGGUGGAGCUGUGGAAGCCCGAGGUCCUGCAGGAGAUAGGCCACUUUCCCCCGGAGCUGGCGGCAUGGCUGGACUCCACCAUUCGGGUCGGGGGGGAUGAGUGGAUCCAGUUUGAUGGGUGCCCGCGGAGCCUGGACACCCACCGCACCCUCCCGCUCCGCUUGGAGGAGGGAGGUACGGAGACGGUCUACUACCACCCGAAGCACAUGCUGCUGUUCUUCGUGGAGGCGCGGGAGGUCUACAGGCUGAUGCACCUGGUCCAGGGCCCAGUCCCCCAGCACCUCAGGGCGCACCGGGACGAGCAAAACCUCCGAGCGGGACGCCUCUCCCCCCCGCCGCUUCGGAAGACCGCGGAGCCCGUCGCCGGCGGGGAGGCGGACGGGGCCGCGGGGGGGCACCCCGCUGACGCGGAGAGCGGGGGCGGGAGACCCCUCCCAGAUCAGGGCGCGGAGCCGCCUCAGGACGCACCCGCUGAGGAGGGGCGGGGAGGCGGGGGCGCGGAGCCGGGAGGGGGAGCGGACCAGAAGGGCGAGGCCGACCCUGUCGGGGCUGCCAGCCCGGCUCAGGGUGCGGCGGAGGACGGGUCCAGGCUGGAUGGACCGGCCGAAUCACCCGAGCCCCCGGAGGGCGCCCAGUCCAGGCACCCGCAAUUCCAGCUGCCGGAGGAAGGGCCCCCGGAGCCCGAGCCGGCACCCCCGGCCGAGGAGCAGGGACCCCGGGAGACGGAGCCGGCGGCGCCCGCCGAGGAGCAGGCCCCGCCGCAGGCUCCGGAGGAACCCGCCUCCGGCACGGUGGAGGAGCUCCAGCUCCAGAUCGCCCUGGAGGCCUCUGAGAAGGAGAAGGCCGCGAGGGAAGCGGAAGAGUCACCCGACGGCCCGGCCGGUGACGCGGACGGGGAGCGCCUCGGGCGCAGCGUGCCGGGGGGAGGAAGCCCUCCGGCCCCGGGUGGAGGAAGGCGCUUCCAGCCGCGCCAGAGCCUCUGGUCGGAGAGGGGCCACGAGGAGGAUGGCACCUUCGAGACCCGGGAGCUAUUCUGGUCGGACGCGUGGCGGCAAGCCCCGAGGGGUGGCGGCUUCCGCCACGUCCUGCAGGUCCUGGUGGAGAUCCUCGUCGACGAGCAGAGGGCGGGGGCCUCCCCCCCCCCCGGUGGAGAGCGCCUGUUCCACCUGGAGGACUUCAGCCGCAUGGCCCAGGCGGGACUGGGCCCGACCAACGGGCGGAUCGCGGCGGAGUACCUGAAGGACACGUUCGGGGUAGGUGUUCAGACCAAUACCAACCCGUCCACCAGGAGGGAGUACAGGAUCCCCGAGGUCAUGGAGAAGUUGCAGGAGACGAGGGAGGCAGCCAUGCGGAGGAGCCUGGAAGUGACCCGGCCGGAGGCAGAAGCCCCGAGACCAGCCCAGGGCGGGAUACCCCGUUCCCCCCGCGAGGCUGGGGAGACCGCCGCACCGGACAAGGGGGGGACCCCUACCAGCCGUGCACGGGAGGCGACCCCGGAGCCCCCGGCGGAGGCGAUACUGCAGCUGGAGGAGACGGACUGA